AUGGCGGCAAUGAUGCAGGCGGCUGAGGCAACGGAUCAGCACGCUAGUGCAGCUGCUGUAUCACUCGCAUCCGUAGAUCGUCGAGCCGCGCUGGUGUGCGCCGUGCUUGCUGCGGAGGCUGCUUAUCGUGCAAGUUCUCAAGCUCCAUAG